AUGCCGUCGAUUGCGGAGCAUUCGUGCUCGUCGCAAGAGGCGCUCCUCCGCCUUGAGAAAGCCAAUACCGCGCCGCCGAGCACUCAACUCCACGAUGCGGCGAAGAUCCUCGGCUUGGACUUGGCCCUUUGUGAGAGUCACCCGGAGACGCAUUGCAGCCCUCCCACCGCCAAUAACUCUACGCCCAAGGAAGAAUGGGUGCUCCGGUGGUUGCUGAAACGCUUGAAGAGCGGCAAGAACUAUAGGGUGGAGCCGGCUUCCUUCCUUCUGUUGAGGCAACUGGUCGACCUGAUCUCCCCGAAGAACCUGGCUGCGAUCCUGAAAGAUCACAAGUUCCUAUCCAUUCUGGGCGACACGGUUGCAGAUCUGGAGGCCGAUAUCUUCGCCAAUGUGGAACAGGGUUCUGAUUCCGAGGCCAGCCACAUCCUGGUCGGCUCUCCGCCUGGCACCGAGACCAAGAGCACCAAAAGCAAAAAGAGAAAGAGAGUUUCUUUUGCGAACAGUGCGGGUGAGCGGCCGCAGGACUCUGCCCAGUGCUUUCUGGCUUUCAUUCGCGCUCUAGAUUGUCUCUUCGGCGUGGUGAUGCUUGCACACCAAACCUUGCGCACUGACGAGGUUGCCCACUCCCAUCUCAAGCUUGCUCUCAGGGGUGAGCCGGAAGUGGCCGCCUUGUUCCUGGGCCGAUCGUUCUGGGUGGCUUCCUGGACCGCCAAGCAUUUCUCGCAGACCGGGAGGACGACCGACCUUCAGCACAUGUUGUAUGUGUUGCCUGCGGCUCUGGAAUUGUGGGAUUUUCGAUCCUACCGCCAGGAUGAUACCGAGAACAAGUCCAGCAAUGACUGCUUCGCUAAAUACUGUUUCGCGCACGCCCUCCGACUCCGACUCUGCGUGCGUUCGCUCAAACUUGAUACCGACGAGCGGGCCCAUUUGCUUCAUGCGGUUGAGCGCACAGUCGUCCUUCAUGUGCUGCUUCCAGCUCGAAGGGCCUUCUUCGAGCGAGGUGGUUCUGGCAUUGAUUAUUCCACCCAAGACAAACCCAACUGGGAGGUUGUCCAGCCGGUCACUGAUUCCUUCAAAUCCAUCAUCCGCGAAACGCCUCUGACCGAUUUUGCCUCGGAGAAAGCAAACCAGAAGGAUUCUAAGCGUGCUUCAAAAUCACUCGAGCUCCUUCCCGAGCUGCUUGAUAUUGCUUCGCGGGCCGUUCCCAGAGAUUCCUUCCGAAGCCAGACCCAUGAGGCGCCAUGGCUGGAGACCUUGUUUGUUGCCGUUGCGGAAAUCGCAUACUCCACCUCCAAGGGGGAGAAAGACAAAGCUACCUUUUCUGGGUUUUCUCACAAAUUCGUUGUCAGUCUGCAGCAAAUCAUGCAGGUGGCUGUCGAUCGAAACAUCGGUUUGUCGUUGAAUACCACUCUGAACCAUUCCUGGUACACUGGUAUUCUUCAGCCAGGUCUACAGCAUGUGCAGUGGAAUGUCACUGCUCUCAUUGUGCGCCUGGGUGUGGACAUCUUCUUGCCCAGUUCGGGGCUUUAUGACUCGUCCGACAUCUUGGUCAAUUUGCUGGAUAAAAUCCUGCUUCACUGGCGCAGUGGUGCCUCCAAAGGCCUAGCAGAUUAUCUCAUCAUCAAGAACGAUAUAGUCUUUCCUUUGCUGCGCGCAUUCGUCGAAGCUCGAGAUUUGUACACAUUCACAUCCUUCUGGCAUCACCAAACCAUCCUUGUGGAAACGGCUCGCGCCAAGGACAGCAGCCUGACCCAUUUUUCAGUCUGGGAAGAUGACGAUCUCUCCGAGCUUUACAGCGAACUUGUGCGAACCGCACCCACCGAUCCACGCCUCGUGGCGCACAUGCAGGCCGCUUCGAAGGACACCAGGGCGUCGGAUGGCAAACUGUCUGACGCUCCAGCAUCAUACGCAAAAUUCAUUGUCUUGGAGGCUAGCUUCCGGCGUCGUCCAUUCUCGUUUCCCGACUCCGAGGCAUCAUUGACCUACCUUCUCCAAACUGUCACUUCUACCCUGUCAUCGAAACAGGCCCUGCCCUGGCGAUGGCGUCUGUGGCGGUUCGUCCGAAACCUUGAGAAAAAUGACGAGCAGUCUAUGAAUACUGCUCAACGUCGAUCCGUUCUGGCUUUAGUGGAUAUUGCUGCAAAGACGAUCAAACGCAACCACAGAGAGUUGACAAGGAGGGCGUCCGUCCUCGAAGCUUGGGAGGCGUACCGGUUUGUUCUGAUUGCCACUAGAGGCCCUGAUCAACACAGUGCAUUCAACACAGCCACACAGCAUGUCACGGAACUCAUCAAUUCUGUUCUCCCAGCCGACGCUAAGAAAUCAAUGGGUUCUCCAUGGAACGGCCAAGCAGACUCUAUGGAUUCUCCAAUUAAUCUUGCCCUGGCUUACUUCUCGGCAAUCUCAAAGAUUCCCCAGGUAUGGAAACGGAUUUCUGCUGAUGCUCGUUCUCAGCUGCUCAAACAACUUCUGUCCCUGGCUGCGGAACAAUACACUUCUUCGCCUCUGCCCCUUGAAACUGUGACAGAUGAUGCGAGGUUCCUUCAAGGAUGGGCAAGUAUUGUCUCCCAUGAAUAUCUUCUCCGCGCCACUUUCCUUGUUCCCGAUCUUGUGACUCUUUUGAAGGACAGCAUUCAUCGUAAUUCUGCCAACCACCAACUUUACAUCGACAGCCUUCAGAGAAUUCCAGCUUCCUUGAUCACCCGCGGAAUGAGAGGGACUCUUCUGGACAAACUGCAUGAUGUCCUUAUCCUGCAGGACCGUUCAUCCGAACUGACUGUCGGGCUCAUUACGAUGUUGGCCAAGUUGGCAGAGGAGCCCAAAUCUGAUGCCGUGUUGACCAGUCACAUCGAGCCGAUCUGUGCCGCUGCCCGAGCCAUUGUCCUUAACGGCACCGACAUCGAUCUACAGAUCAUGAAGGCAUUCCGAAGCCUGCACCGUGCCGUCAUUUCCAAGCUAUUGAAUCUUCCCGACGGCCAGAAAACCAAGCUGUUCAAAGAACUGUUCUCCCAGAUCUCGACGCAAGCUUCGAAAAUGAGACAGAUCGAGCGAGACUCCAUGGCUUGUUUCCACUUGCGGGUUACGCUGUCUCAACUCUGGUUUUAUCGCAAGCAGCUCCGCUCGGCUUUCUCGGAGAAGGAUCUCGCUGCUUGCCGCCAGCGAGUGUUUGAUCUGGUGUUGGCCGACGUGAAAGCGGUCAAGAGCCAAUGCAGAAAGCAGAAGCUUGAGGAGACAGUUACACUUAUCAAGACCAUUGAUUCUCUGGAGGACUUUGAGGAUCUGGCCAUGAACAACCUCGAGGUGGAGAAGUUCUUAUCGAAGAUUGAGUCUUAUGUCGAGAUGUCGGUUGACUCCGGCCCAACACGGUUGAUCAGACGCCGUCUGCUUGCCAGCAAAGAGCCCGAUGCGAAUAUCACUGAGCCUGUGCUCCGGUGUGCGGAGACCCUCUCGCUCCAGUCUCCAUAUGGCGAGGAUCAACAGCUUUUCAUCCGGGUCACCACGGAACGCUUCCAUUCCAUGAGCCCUGAGCAGAUCACCCAAGCCAUCCGCGAGGUUCGCGAGCUUGGUCUGACGGGCGACCACGCCGGGCACCGCCUCCUGGUCGUCUGCCUGGCACUGGCCUCGGUCCCCUCGGUCGAAGAUAAAGAUAGCGUCACCGCUCGAGAACUCUCUCUCCUCUGCAGCGCGCUCGCCGAAGCCAUCCCCCACAGCCCAUCCGCGGACCACCUGACCUACGCGGUCGAGGCCCUGGACCUCCUCCUACGCACUCACACGCGCUGUCUCGUCCAGCAAAACAUCGACAGCAUCCUCAGCGCCAUCGCCAACGCAGCCUCCCACGACGGUCCCCAUAUCGCCCCUACCUAUGCCCCAACCAUCUACACCCGUCUGUGCCGGCUGAUGGGCGUGGUGCUCGGCCUGCAGCGCCUGAAGGUGGGCGGCCGCUUCCACCUCGUCGUACACGCUAUGCAACGCCUGCUAGCCUGUCUCUUCGCCCGCUCGCGCAAACGCACCCGCGCCAACCGCGCCAGCCCUCCAAAUUCCCUCCUCCAGCCCUUCUGGCUCGCUCCGCUGCAGCCCUCCCACGCCUCCCACUACACCCGUCUCCUCACCUCCCUCUGUGACCCCACUAUGUCGGCCGUACUGCGUCCUGCUCAGGCAGGUGCUUCGCGCGAUGCCCUCACCGAUCAAACCAAGAAAGCUAAGCGCAUCGCCGGCCAGUACCUGCAGUAUGUUAUCAUGGAAUACGCGCAGUGCUCGCUGCGCGGAUCACUCACUCCAGAGGUGAAGACUGCUAUUAUGCCCGGUCUUUAUGCCACUCUGGACGUCAUGUCGCGCGAAUCGAUGCGCGCGCUGAACGCCGGACUCGAUGUCUCCGGCAGGGCUGUCUUCAGGUCUUUGUAUGAGGAUUACGUGAAGUUCGGAAAAUGGGAUAAGGUGUAG